AUGAUCGUGUUCUGGGUUACACUGCUUCUCCUUCAUCAGGGAUAUACACUGGUUCCUGUGACCACAGUUCAACUCGGUGAACCUGCAACCUUCACAUGUGUUUUACCUGAUGAGUUUAAUCAUGAAAAUCUUCAUUGGUAUAAGCAGAGUGCUGGGGAAAAUCUGAAAUUAAUUGCAGCCCUCAUGAAAAAUACAAAACCGGUGUAUGGACCAGAGUUUUCUGCUUCAAGAUUUGAAGUAAAUGUUGAUAAGAAUAUUAGCAUUCUGACUAUUCCAAGGACAAUUCAAGAAGAUGAAGGAAUGUAUCACUGUGCAUUCAUGGAGUGGGAUAUAAAUACUUGGAGUGCGAUUUAUCUGUCAAUAAAAGGAAACUCUCAGAGGACAUUAAACUACACUGUUGUUCAGUGGUCGACAGUAUCUGAUCCAGUCCGUCCAGGAGACUCAGUGACUCUGCAGUGUUCAGUCCUCUCUGACUCUGAGGACAAGACGUGUUCAGAAGAUCACAGUGUGUUCUGGUUCAGAGCCGGAUCAGAUAAAUCUCAUCCAGACAUCAUCUACGCUGAUGGAAACAGACAUGAUGAAUGUGACAAGAGUCAGAAACGCUGUGUUUAUCACUUCUCUAAGGACGUCAGCUCCUCUGAUGAUGGGACUUACUACUGUGCUGUGGCCACAUGUGGGGAGAUAUUAUUUGGAAAUGGAACAAAACUGGACUUUCAAGGAACCAGUAUGUGGUCAGACCAUGCAGUUAUUUUUCUGCUGUGCGCUGUCUUGGCUAUAUGUCUGAUUGUUAUAGUCUUCCUCAUUCAUGCCGUCAUGAAGAAAAAGAAGUGUGACUGUUACAACAGUAAUAGACAUCAUUGUUUCUAAACAUUGAUAUCAAAUUAAAACUUCUGCAUC